AGAGGCUCGCAGGCGGACGUCACUCCCGCACGGCGAGUGCUGGAGCACGAGCCGUACCUCUCUCGGCCCGGGCGUCCACUCCGCCCGCCUCCUGCUUCCUCCAGGCUGCCCGCCGCCUCCUCCACCAUUGUAUAAUGUUCCCGACUCGCAAGCAGAGGACGCCGGAGUCGUAGCUCCGGCCUCGCCGAGCUCCCUGCUACCGUCGGCCCCGCGGCGGGGGCGCCCCGCAUGGAGCGGGCAUAGCUUGAGGGGUGGGCGGAAACCCCUCCGAUGCGUUAGCUCCUGGUGGACCUGCUUGUGAUAUAUGUUGGGUAAAGGAGGAAAACGGAAGUUUGAUGAGCAUGAAGAUGGGCUGGAAGGCAAAAUCGUGUCCCCCUCCGACGGUCCAUCCAGGGUGUCUUACACCUUACAGCGCCAGACUAUCUUCAACAUUUCCCUUAUGAAACUGUAUAACCACAGGCCUCUGACAGAGCCUAGCUUGCAGAAGACUGUCUUAAUUAACAACAUGUUGAGGCGGAUCCAGGAGGAACUCAAGCAGGAAGGCAGCCUGAGGCCUGCAUUCACCCCCUCUUCCCAGCCGAGCAACUCACUGAGCGACAGCUACCAGGAGGCCCCGCCUCCUGCUCCUCACCCCUGUGACCUCGGAAGCACUACACCCUUGGAGGCCUGCCUCACCCCUGCCUCCCUGCUCGAGGACGACGAUGACACUUUUUGCACUUUGCAGGCUAUGCACCCUGCAGCUCCCACUAGACUCUCUUCUCCAGCUCUCCCAGCAGAGAAGGACAGCUUCUCCUCCGCCUUGGAUGAGAUCGAGGAGCUCUGUCCCACAUCUACCUCCACAGAGGCUGCCCACACAGCAGCCUCUGAGGGCUCGAAAGGAACCUCCGGUGAGUCCAGUGUCCAGAAACCUGAGGGGCCCGAGGAAGGCCGCACAGAUGACUCAAGAUUCAUGGACUCUCUGCCUGGGAAUUUUGAAAUAACAACGUCCACGGGUUUCCUGACAGACUUGACCCUGGAUGACAUCUUGUUUGCUGACAUUGAUACAUCCAUGUACGAUUUUGACCCCUGCACAUCUGCAUCGGGGACAGCCUCAAAGAUGGCCCCUGUGUCAGCUGAUGACCUCCUCAAGACCCUGGCUCCUUAUAGCAAUCAGCCUGUUGCCCCAAGUCAGCCUUUCAAAAUGGAUCUCACGGAGCUGGACCACAUCAUGGAGGUGCUUGUUGGCUCCUGAGACCUGGGCCCACGUGACUGCGCCCAGCCAGGCCCUGCACCCUUGCAGCCCCGACAGUUUCUCCGCACUGUGCAUGGACCCUUGCUUGCCUUUUUCAGAGAAAAAGAAAAUUUUACAAAAGGAUCACACUAGUAUUUUCUUCAAGCAGAGUUGGAGUGCCUUCAUUCGAGUAUGCCCACUUUUAACACACUCUUCUGAGUGGGUUCCUCAGAGCCCUGCUGCCCUGGCGUAGGAGAGAAGACAUUUGAAGACUGUGUUGCUAAUGUUGAAAGGUGAACAUGAACAGUUCAAGUGAAGCACAAGGAUUAAGUUGGAAAAGCUGUAAAUUGCAUGUGCAUAUUUGUCUAUUUUUUCUAUAAGUUUUAUUGCAAGAGGUAAAAAAAAAAGAAUAUAUAUCUAUAUUAUUUGGAUAAUCUCAGUACCUUUUCUGGCGUUUUGCCCUGUGUAAGUUGACUUGGCAAUUCAGCCUUUUUAGAGGCAUUAACUACUCGUAAGUGUUGCAUUUACAUGGCUGUUUAGAAAACUGCUGCCCAAAUUUAUUUUAUAUUUUUGUACAGAUUCUGCAGUUUAUGAUAUUGUUUUUCUAAACACAAAUGCUGUUUAUACCUAUGAAAUAGCUAUUUUGAUAGGAUUUGCUCACAUAGUUCCUGCAAACAUGAGAUGUACAAGUUGCCCUUGUACUUUUAUAGGACUUGUAAUGUUUUAUAUGUGUGUGGUGCAAGAGAGAACUGGACCACGUCAGUCUGCAGUUGAUGUCCCCAAUGCAAAUACACACAGCGCUUUCAUAAAGGGCCAGGUGAUCUGACACCCAAAUUUCACAAGCACCAGCCCCUGGCACGGUCACCCGCCAGCACUGUGACUUCCAAAGCCAGAGCCCUGUCUGCUCAUCAAACUUGCAUUAAGCAGUUGGCGGGGAUAUGGCUGUGUUUCUUGGGGUAGGGAGGGUGGAGUUGAUGUGGCAGGCUCCUUAGCUCCCUCUUUUGAACAGAGAGGCUGCAUCAUCUUAUUUAAGAGUGGACUCAGCAGGGUGUGGUGGCACACCCCUGUAAUUCCAGCAUUUGGGAGGCAGGGGCAGGUGGAUUUUUGUGAGUUCCAGUCCAGCCAGAACUAUACAGUGAGAAAACCCUGUCUCAAGGUGGGGGUGGGGAGGGAGGGGGAACAGGGGGAUAAAAAAGAAAACAAAACUGUAUUUAUGCCAAGUUGCUAUUUUAAUUGUUUUUAUUUUAAUUUUUUUAAAAUGAAAACCCCAGUCUUUGUCUUUUGGCAUAGCUUUUAUGAUGAGACCACAAUUUUACACAACAAAAUUUUACAACAAGCAACUGUCCUUUUGCUGGAGGUGAGCCCUACUUCAGUACUUAGGCCUCCCUAGAAGGCAUCCAUCGCGCUGCUGAGCUGCCUCUCCCAUGUCCUUUUGCCGGAGGUGAGCCCUACUUCAGUACUUAGGUCUCCCUAGAAGGCAUCCAUCGCGCUGCUGAGCUGCCUCUCCCAUGUCCUUUCCCUGGAGCUUUUGUUCCCUCUGUUGCUAAGAGCUGCAAAUGGCAUCUUUCUGAUCAGCACAGUGAGCUAGCUCUACGCACCUCCGCCAGCCGGGACGCGCUCUCUCUCCUGACAUCUGUGACUAGAGCCACAGUCCACCGCCUUAUGUCAUGGUGUCCAAUCUGGUUGCUUUCCUUAAUUAACUGCUAAUUUAACUACACUUUACAAAGCUGUUAUUCCCAAAUACAUAGAGAGGAAUUUCUAUGCACGUCUCUGGCCUUCCCCUACCCCCAUGUGCUGGCCCCUCCAGCAGCUCUUUCUUUAGUGAUCCCCCAACACGUGCACUCGUGAGAUGCAGUUGUUUGUUUUAGUGUAUCAGGCCUGUUGCUGAAUCCACCUUUCUGUUUCAUGGCUCGCUCUUGCAGUGUGGUAUUUGAGCUGUUGAGUGCAGGUUACAACCUAUAUGGCUUCUUUAGAAAUAACUUUUAUAUUUAUUUAAAAAAACUUAAAUUAUGGGAUUUUGUUUUUGUUUUUGGUUGUCUUUGUUGGUCAUUUGUCAAUAUACAGUCACCAACCAAUUCUGCUCACUUCUUGCCAUGGAUAAAAUGGGCCUUUCUGGCCAAUUAAAAAGAUAAAUUUUAUAAAUGGCACUUUAAAACAAGCCAUAAAUAGAUUUAUUUUUAUAAUGCACAUGGCAAGCAAAUGCAUUUGUGAUGAAGGAACUGCUCAUCCAAGCAGAGGAUUUGUGGAUGGUGUGACUAACACCUUUUUACCUUUUCUUCACUGGAAUGUGUCUGACAGGCUGAUUGUCAGCUCUGGAGCAGCGGGAAGCUGAUCCAGCCGUGCUCCCACAGGCACCUCCAGCCUUUCACCGACCCCUUCACGCGUGUGUCUCCUUUCUUGUAGGGCAGGGACCACAUGUAGGGGAGGUUGUCGUGCACACUUGCAAGUGUCUCUGUGCCUGUCCAUCUUAAGAACUUGUCUGUCUUAUAGAGAGCAGGUCUGCCCGUACUCUGUGUGUUUUAGAACUGGAGGAUCCUGUGAACUGGCCACAUGCCACACACAUCUGCAUACAUGUGCAUAUACAGUAGUGUUGAUUAUUCCCAGCAAAAAAUGGCACAAAGCAGUUGAUUGCCAUUGUCAAAAACUGAUUUACAGUAACUUAGAACAACUGUACUUUUGUUGGAUUAGCAAAUCAUGUGUUUAAACAAUCCCAUAUGUUGGGCAACAGUUCAAAUAAGCACAGAGAAGCAUUGCCCAAACUUGGUUCUCCAACUCUAGUGCAUUUGUAAGGCUGGGCUUCAAAAUCAAAACACCCACCCCCAACACCGGCAGGCAGAGUGCUAACUCCUGAAACAUUCAUGGGAAGCUAACGGCCCUGUUUUCAGGAAGAACAAGCCCACCAAGAGUUAAGACUGUCUUUGUGUCCUGUUUAUACUAAGCGAUGUCCCAACAGGGAAGAGUUUGGAACCAGAGUGAGAGCUCCCAGUCCCAGUUUGAGUGGGGGAAUGUGCUUCUAGACGUUUCCUGGCAGUAGCGGCUCACCUUCACAAAGACAGUCUUGUGGCAUCUGAGCCAGGCAGACAGCCUGGGGUGCCUGGGCCUGACGAGCUUGUUGACAAUGACGUGCAAUGACGUGACAAGGUGAGAGCAGAAUCCUGAGGGACUUAAAGGGAUGGUUUACCCCAUAAGUUAUUUAUUCUUUUUUUUUCCUGUGUAAAUAUAUUUAUUUUACUGUGGCACUCUAAUAACAUCCUGGUGGUAUGGUGCAGAAUGUAUGGUAGGAAUGUAUUUCUUGUAGGGAUGUAGAUCUGUAUGUAUUAAAAGGGGGAGCCAAGCCAGCCCCCACCUGUCUCUUCAUCAGAUACAGUCCACAUUCAUUUUUAACUCUCAUCUCCAAUAUGGGUCUAUUUAAAAUAUGCAAAAAGGUAUGGAUGAGGAAUGUUUUAAUACCUCCAAAUUUUUAAGAAAAUCAAGCAUAAAAGAGUUGAUAAUUUUUUAAAGUUUUCUUAGUAGCACUUUCUCUUGAUGAUGGAAGGGCAACACACAGGCACCCACCUUCAUACCAAAGGGUGAGAAAUGGCCACAGACUCCUACACCACUCCAGUGUCUUUAGCAAUUGAGCUUUCUAUCGCCAUAGCCCCAACCAUCCUGAGGUCAAUCAAGGAAAAUUUCUUUACGACGUAAGCUCCAAAGAGCCAAAGUAUCAACUCACGGAUCAUUUUUAAAGCCUAAAUUUCUUACCACCUUUGCAGUAAACAGUGAAUUAUGAACACUGCAAGGGCAGCCUUCUUAAAUGACAGACACAAAGACUGCUUGUGCAGCAAUCGCUACUCUACUCUCUGAAUUGUCUUAAUUGUGAAACCUUGCUCUUACAGAUUGAACCUUUUUACAUUUCUGAAAAUAGCAGAAAGAGCAUAUUUGACUUGCCCUAGCUGUAAGUGAUUGGUUCUUGUUGCUGCCCGGCCCCUGGAUGCCAGCAGGGUGUGCAUCCGCCCGUGUGCAACUGUCUCCAGUGCUUCCAAGGGUGACUCUACAUGGCUCUUGGCCAGGAUCAAAUGCUCUUGCAAACAAAGCCAGUGUAGAUUUUAGACUUCUUUUGGGGAAUUUGGGAGAGAAGAGUAAUCCAUAUGUACAGCUAAAGUGGUGACAGUGUACAUGGGGACGUGUCGGUGCGUGGGUUUUGAGGAAGGAGGUGUGACCUUUCCCCACAGACCUGAGAGCUGUGCCUUUUCUAUGCAAUAUUACAGACGUCACAUCAGAACCCAGAGGGCUGUGUUCAAUAUAGAUUCAUUCAGGCUGUAUUCUAAACAAUUGGACAGAUUAAAUGUACAUGGAAAUGAGCAGUCUUUUGUAGUUUUAUAUUAUACA